UGAGGAGUUUUGGAAAUUUAGGUAAGUUCACUCAAUCACACACACAGCAAUGAAAAUCAUAACAAGGGAUUAGAUUAGUUCAAAAGUUUCCAUAUUAGGGUUUGUCUGGGCUCUCUCUCUCCCUCUCUCUCCCUCUCUCUGUGUCUCUUCUCUUCUGCACACAACCACAUGCCCUGGGGGAAAAAGUGAAAAACCUCGAUAAUGGACGAAGGCGAAGGAGGGUACGGCGAGAGCGGCGAUCCUAUGGAUCAGUUCCACCGUAACGAGGCUAUAUCCGCCGUUGCCGACGAGGGUUUCUUAGGCGAGGAAGACGACGAUUACGAGGACCUUUACAACGACGUCAACGUCGGGGAAGGGUUCCUUCAAUCAUUGCGGAAGAAUGACGAUUCAGGGUUCCGAAACGACGACAUCGACGAAAAGAAGCCACCGCCGCCGCCGCCGGUUCCUGAUGCGGCCGGUGUUUCGAUCCCGGGUGUCGGUGGCGGUGGAGAGGGUGGCGUUGGUGUUGGAAGCGGGGUUGUGGAAUCUAGGGUUCCGGCGAGAGUUGAUGGGUUUCAGAAUCAAGGGUUUAGAGGGAACGAGGUGGGUGCCAAAGGUGGAAUUAGGGUUGAACUGGGGCAUCAAUCAGGGAAAUUGAGUGAAAUUGAGGAGCAGGGUGGUAACGAUGGUGCAGCGGUGCAGGGGAUUGGGCAGCCACCACAUGGCGGAGUUGUUGGGAGUGUGGGGAAUGAUGGUUUGCUGAGACAAGGUCAAGUUGGGGGUGGUGGAGGAGGAGGGAAUGCUAAUAGGGUUGGUGGAAACGGUGUUGGGAACAGUGUGACUGCUGUUAGUAAUGUUAGUGUUGGAGGAGUUGGAGGUGGUGGUGGUGGUGCUGCUGCUGCCGCUUCUGGUGGUACUAUAUUGUUUGUGGGUGAUUUGCAUUGGUGGACUACGGAUGCAGAGCUGGAAGCUGAGCUCAGUAAGUAUGGGCCUGUGAAGGAGGUGAAGUUUUAUGAUGAGAAGGCAAGUGGGAAGUCGAAGGGGUAUUGCCAGGUUGAGUUUUAUGAGCCUGCUUCUGCCACUUCUUGUAAGGAAGGGAUGAAUGGGCAUGUUUUUAACGGGAGGCCUUGUGUUGUUGCGUUUGCAUCACCUUUUACAGUUAAAAAAAUGGGGGAGGCUCAGAUAAAUAGGAAUCAGCAGAUGAAUCCAUCUGCUGUUCCACAGGGAAGGAGGGGGGCUGCUGAUGCAGGGGCUAAGCCUGGUGGGAGCAAUAUUUCAACGGGUGGUAAUUACCAAGGUGGAGAUGGGAAUAGAGGUUAUGGGAGAGGAGGUAACUGGGGGAGGGGGAAUAAUAAUGCCAUGGGGAAUCGGGGGCCUGUUAAUCCAAUGAGGAAUAGGGGUGGGGGGAUGGGUGGCAGAGGUAUAAUGGGUCAUGGUGGAAAUGGAUUUGGGCAGGGUAUGGGUGGUACUCCACCACUGUUGCAUCCUCAGUCAAUGAUGAAUCAGGGUUUUGAUCCUGCAUUUGGUGGUCCCAUGGGUAGAAUGGGCAAUUAUGGAGGCUUUCCCGGUGCUCCAACACCACCAUUCUCUGGUAUUUUACCUUCAUUCCCUGGUGUGGGAGGUGUUGGUUUGCCUGGAGUGGCACCUCAUGUCAAUCCGGCAUUUUUCGGAAGAGGGAUGCCUGUGAAUGGUAUGGGGAUGAUGCCCACAUCUGGCAUGGAUGGUCCUAAUAUGGGAAUGUGGUCCGAUCCGAAUAUGGGUGGAUGGGGUGGUGAAGAGCCUGGUGGUGGUAAGGCUGGAGAGUCAAGUUAUGGGGAGGAAGCUGCAUCAGAUCAUCAGUAUGGUGAGGUGAGUCAUGAUAGAGCUGGGUGGCCAAUGAGGGAUAAAGAUCGAGGGUCAGAAAGGGACUGGUCUGGUUCUUCUGAGCGAAGGUACAGGGAUGAUAGAGAUCAAGGAUAUGAGAGAGAUGCCCCUAGAGAAAAAGAGGUGGGCCAUGACCAUGAAUGGUCAGAAAGAAGGCAUCGUGAUGAUAGAGAAAUGGGCCGUGAACGAUCUCGUGAUCGUGAUCGUGAACGAUCUCGUGACCGUGAUCAAGACCGUGAAAGGGAUCGAGACCGUGACAGGCACAGAGAAGACAGGGACAGGUAUGCAGAUCAUCAUAGGUACAGAGACCGGGAAGCAGAGCAUGAUGAUGAGUGGGAGAGGGGACGGUCAUCAAGGACUCACAGCAAGUCACGGUUAUCACAAGAGGAGGAACACCAUUCUAGGUCGAGAGAUGCUGAUUAUGGGAAGAGGCGGCGGCUUACUUCUGAAUAACUCUGUAUGCUGCUUGUUAUUUCUCUUGAUGCUUUCCACUGAGGAAGGAGAAAACAGUAACUGAAGAGUCAGGAUUUGUCAUUUGUUGAAUUCUCUAGUGGCCCAGACAUUGUUGAGCAGCUGUUUUAUUUCAAUCACUUGUUCUAAUUGCUUCUUGUUAGGAGCAUGGUUUCUUUCUUCUUUGAUAAAGGAACAAUUGUUUUGAGAAAGGAAACUGUUCAUUCAAACUCUGGGUUGUGAUGGGGAUCAAGCAUCUUCGGUGUUGGAGAUUCAAGUCAUGACAAUCAUUUUCUUACAUUGACAAGUGGAACUUUUGCUAUGAAGUAUUACCUUUUGAUUUGAUUUUAUGUUUCAGUUAUUAGCACAUGAUUAAUUAAACCAUCGAUGUUGAUGUAAUGGGUUUAACUUGCUGAAGUCUGAAAUGUGGCAGAUUAUUUAGAACUUAUUGUUUGAAAUAUGUACUAGGAUUUAGCAGAGGAUGCUGAUAAUGUGCCGUUUCUGAUUGGCUGGCUGUUGUAUCAUUUUUAUCCCCACCUUUUGGCUGGCUGUUGUAUCAUUUUUCCCCCACCUUUUGGCUGGCUGUUGUAUCAUUUUUUCACCACAUUUUUUUGGUGUUUUCUCCCUCACAUUGUUAGCAUUGUAGUUUAGCAUGCAAAUAUUGUGUAUGAUGUAGAGAGCUAACCAUUUGAUCCCUGUAAUCAUUCAAAGCUGGAGAAUUGUACAUGUUUUCAUGUAUAUAUUGGUAUUAACUUUGCUUUUAUUAA